CUGCUGCGCACCGCCACCCUCAACUGCUCUGCCCGGUGCCAACCGAACCAGAUGUACGUGCCUCCUAAAGACCAGUCCACAUGCUGUGGCGUGUGCAGGAACAUCUCCUGCCUCCACCAGCAUGAGAACGGGACCACGGGGCUCUACAAGCCGGGAAAGUCCUGGGUGUCAAACUGCAUGAAGUUUGACUGUGCUGAAACUCUGUCCGGACCAACACUCAUCUCCUACUCCUUCAGCUGCCCCCCCUUCAACGAAACCGAGUGCAUGAAGAUCGGAGGAACUGUCGUGAACAUCGUGUCAUGUGACGGGAAGUGUCCGUCCGCCAGCAUCUACAACUACAACAUCAACACGUACGCUCGCUUCUGCAAGUGUUGCCGGGAGACGGGGCUGCAGCGCCGCUCGGUGCAGCUCUACUGCAGCAGCAACGCAACCUGGGUCAGCUACAGCAUCCAGGAGCCCACCGACUGCUCCUGCCAGUGGUCCUGA